GCCAUGAAAUACAAAACACAUAUAGAUAGUUUCCGCAUUGAAGUUGAAGAAAAUCAGAGGAAACUAGAACAAAGAUGAAGAAGUUCAUUUACUUGGCUCUGCUUCUGGCGAUUGUGGCCAUUGCUGGGGUUGAAGCUCAUGGCUACGAAGUGUGUGGGAAGUUCAGUCCAGAUAGAAUGCUCACACAUGUUCUUCGUCACUGUGAAAAACCAGCAAGAGAUUUAACUGUUCCUGUCUCUCCAAAAUGCUGCGAGCCUCUCUCCCAAAUUUCUGAGGAAUGCUUCGACGCUAUCAUCAAUUCUGACACUUGGAAAUAUUCAGACAUCGACCAUAGCUUCGCCUUGACCAUUCCAAGACGGUGCCAUCUCAUUCAUCGCCCCCACUAGUGCACUUACACAAAGCUUAUGAACUACUAGUUACCUACCAAGCUACUGUAAUAAAGUGCGUGACUCUAUGUGUCUUUAACAAGUGCUCAUUAUAGUAGUUCAUAAUUAAUGAGAUUGUUAAUCAUGUUUCAGUGUUGAUUUAGAGUCAAGCAUAAUGUGUCUUUCGUUCAAUCUGCGAAUGGUGUUUGAUUCGUUGAGUUUGAACUUGUUUGUGUUUUUGUUUUAAUCUCAAAGAUGUAUUGAGUUUCAUACAUAAGUGAACUGUUUUUCUCUUAA